UAAACACUCCCCUCUCUUCACUCACACCCACAUAACCCUCCUACACCUACUAUUCUCACUCUCUUUAUUGUUCUUACACUCUUUCCCUCUCUCUUUUUCUCCAUCACUACAUAAUUCAACCAAAUAUUUCUCCUCAACCAUGGAAACACCCCAUGAAUUCUACCAAGCCUCGGCUGCUGGUUACUACAACAAUGUCCAACAAUUCGCACCCGAGAAGCGAAACUCCGAUAUCAAGCCGGGUGACCAUUUUGUGAUCGAGGACCUCCUCGACUUCCCUAGCGAUGACUUGCUUGUCACGGAUGCUGCUUUCGAUAAUGUCACGGGAACUUCCACUGAUUCUUCUGCUCUCACGGUGGUGGAUAGCUGUAACUCCUCGUUUUCGGGGAAUGAGGCGAGGUUCGGUGGCAGUUUGGCUGAUCAUGCUCAGUUCUCGAACGAGCUCUGCGUUCCGUAUGAUGACAUGGCUGAGCUGGAGUGGCUGUCGAAUUUUGUGGAAGAAUCAUUCUCGAGUGAGGAUUUGCAGAAGCUUCAGCUGAUUUCGGGAAUGAAAGCUGGCGGUGAUGCAUCGGAAAAUCAGCAAUAUCAGCCUGAAACUAACCGUAACAACCCGAUAUUUCGAUCAGAAGUGUCAGUCCCCGGUAAGGCACGGAGCAAGCGUUCACGUGCUGCUCCAUGCAACUGGACGUCUCGGCUUCUAGUCCUCCCACCAACCAACACACCUGCAAUGUCGUCCGAGUCGACUGAGUCCGACAUUGCAGCGAUGGGGAAGAAAAUGGGGAAGGCUUCGAUAACGGGAAAGAAAAAAGAGGUUUUCGACAAUGGCGGUGGGUCUGGUGGUGAUGGGAGAAAGUGCCUCCAUUGUGCGACUGAUAAGACUCCACAAUGGAGGACCGGGCCUAUGGGCCCGAAAACACUUUGUAACGCUUGCGGGGUCAGGUACAAGUCGGGCAGGCUCGUGCCCGAGUACCGGCCCGCGGCAAGUCCUACGUUCAUGCUCACAAAGCAUUCCAAUUCUCACAGGAAAGUCCUUGAGCUGAGGAGACAAAAGGAGAUGCAAAGAGCACAGCAUCAUCACCAGCAGUUUAUUCAUCAGGGCAUGAUGUUUGAUGUAUCUAACGGCGAGGAUUUCUUGAUUCACCAACAGAUUGGGCCCGACUACCGACAGCUAAUCUGACACGUACCAAUCGAGUCGAGUUCGAGUUAAGUCAGAAGUUUAGCGUCACUAAUGUUGGUUAAUUAGUGAUUUUAUGAGUUUUUGAUCAAAUUUCCUAGAGUUGAUGUGUCUUAACUUAUGGAAUUUUGUAGUUCUUUUGGCAUUCGAAAAUUUGAAACUACCUCAGCAAAAGGUAAAAAAAAAUUAGUCUGGGACCAAAGGAUAGAAGAUUAGACUCUUGAAUGUCCUUAUUAAUUUGCAGAUUUGCCAAUGUUUGACAAAUUUUUCUUAAUUGUAAUUGAGAAUCAUUUCCUUCCUCUCAGUGUUAAGUUC